AGGCAAUCCUCACUUGACACUGAAACAGGAGAAAAGGGAGUUCCAUAAAUUUUCCCGCCCAUUUUUCAUACUCCAAACAAUGGCUCCAAAAUCGGAUAGCGCGGAAGCGAUCGUGUUGAACUUCGUGAAUGAGCAAAAUAGGCCUUUAAAUGCUCAAAAUGUGGCGGAUGCUCUGCAAAAGUUCAACCUCAAGAAGGCAGCCAUACAGAAAGCACUGGACAAUCUUGCUGAUGGUGGCCGUAUUUCUUUCAAGGAGUAUGGCAAGCAGAAGAUAUACCUUGCCCGGCAGGAUCAGUUCAACAUUCUGAACAGUGAAGAGCUUAAUCAGAUGAAAGAACAGAAUGCCAAACUGCAAAAGCAGCUUGAAGAACAGAAAAAGACUAUUAAUGAGGUUGAAGCAGAGAUUAAAUCAUUGCAGUCAAAUUUAACACUGGAACAGAUCUGUGGUAGAGAAGCAGAUCUGAGGAUGGAGGUUCAAGAAAUGGAGAACAAGUUGACCAAGCUACGCGGAGGUGUUACCCUGGUGAGUCCUGAAGAACGCAUGGCUGUGGAGACCAUGUUAUCAGAGAAAAUAAGUCAGUGGAGAAAGCGUAAAAGAAUGUUCAAGGAUAUAUGGGACACUCUUACUGAGAAUUCACCUAAGGAUCCCAAGGAAUUAAGGGAGGAGCUUGGAAUAGAAUAUGAUGAAGAUGUUGGAGUGAGUUUGCAAUCAUACAAUGACCUUAUCCAACAAGGAAAGAAAAGGCCAAGGGGUUACUGAUAUAUUUAUAGGGACGGAGUCUUAGAUGUCUGCUCUUCCUAAUAAACAAUUAGGGUGUAUAUUCCUUGGGGUUCUGACCUCCCUGAACAUGUUUGAAAAUUAUGUUCCCUAUGUAAUUGUCUUACAAUUCAGACCUAGUUGUUGCCUUUGUUCCCUAGUGAAUUUACAAGCAUGACUCACUGCAAUGUUAUUGUUUAUAUCUUUUUAGGCAUUGACAUCAAUUGCAUUUGACAGAAAUAUAGAAUGCUUCACUAAUGUACAUGUU